AUGUCCGCCCCAGUUCGAUCUAGGAAGCGCACGAAAACGUUUACAGGAUGUUGGACUUGCCGGACACGCAAGAUCAAGUGCGAUGAGGCCAAGCCGUGCUGUAGUCAAUGUUAUGAAAAGGGACUUAGCUGUGAGGGAUACUCUGCCCGCUUGCAGUGGCUCGCACCGGCCACAGGCAAGCGAGGCCUUCGCUCGGUGGACCCAACGGCGGGUUCCAUGAGCCAAUCUCUACGACGUCUUAUGCCUCCAGAGCCUCUGGAAUAUGCCUUAGACUGGGACCAGGUGGAUGGUAUUCUACACUAUCUCGAUUCCCUGGAAUCCGUUGUCAACCCACGCAGUGAGGAUGUCAGUGCCAACAUACAGAAUUUUGGUGUCUUUCGGGUUCAACAAAGUACCUCGUCUACUGUUGAUGAACUGAAUGUUACAGCUCCUUGCACAACUGAAGUUUGCCAGCCCGAGAAUGGGUACGAUCUAAUCUUCAAUCCGGAGUCAGUUUCCAUAGAGUCAGAUCCAUGGAAUGAUAAUUCUGAAGCAGGGGCAGCAUGGAGCCUUUGUAAUCUUCAUGGGCAACCGUUGGUCUUGGAUUUUACUCAACAGCAAGACUUGGCCCCAGUGGCGCCAGGCACUGUUUCGAACUCUCCAGCCUAUACAGGCCAUGAUAUACAAUCACAACCUCUCGAGUCAGAGGGGCUGAUUCUCCCGCAGGGGGCCGAGAGCAACACAUCGAACAAGACACAGCAUAUGUCUCCACCUCUGACAAAUACACUCGAGAGCCUGGUCGUUCCGUCCCAGGAGCGACUCCUUAUGAGACACUACAGCCACCGAGUAGUCAACCUAUUCUGUGUAAUUGACAAUGCCAAAAGCCCCUGGAAGACAAUCCACUUACCCCGUGUCCUGCAAUCUGCAGGUGAAAUGAGCUUUGGAUGUAGCACAACGCGGAUCCGUGACGCAUUAAAGAAUUCAUUGCUUUCUAUAAGCGCAUUUUGUCUAUCCAACGAUCAUAGAUCUCAUCACCGAGAAGAAGAAGCUAAUAAAUGGGGCACAAUCGCUUCGCGAUAUCGUUGUGAUGCCAUUGGACUUCUCAAAUAUGCGGUUGAAACCGAUCUCUAUGCCGACAAGAGACCAAAGUAUAAGGAGUUUCUUGCCACUAUGCUUUCUAUGAUUACAAUCAAUGUUAUGUCUGGAGAUACAAGUACUUGCAGUGUUCAUUUGGACGGCGCCGAAAGGCUUAUAAGCCAUAUGAAUACUCGGAAGGCCACUUUCUCUCGCAAGGCCCAAUCGCUCCAUCGGAUAUAUCUUUACCUGCGCGUGAUCUAUGAAAGUACCGCCGUGAAAAGAUCAAGAAGCGGAAUGUCCAGAUUUUCGCCAUCACUGGGCUCACAAAGAACGUUCGGUCCGCAGCCCGUGUUUCCCAAACAGCACCUCUUUAUUGAAGAUGAUGAAACGCCCUCGUCUAUGCUUCCCAUGGGAGCAGAUAUGAUGACAGGCGAGCGCACCUUGUUAGAGAUGUCGGCAUACGAAUGCAUAUACGGUAUACCGCAGAGUCUUCUGAUUCUCUUGAAGGAAACCAUCGAGCUCAUCGACGAGGUGAAGCACCAUCGAAUGAACACGGAAGGCACAUCUAUCCCAGAUAGUCUAAACCAAAUCUGCGAUCAUCUUGAACAAAAGAUCAUGGACUGGCCACUCGAUGAGCGUCUUCAUCGUUACGAAGAGUCCACGAAUGGCAUUAGUGCCACCAUCAUCUACCACCAGACUCGGGCAUUCCUUCAUGCUCUCAUUAUCUAUUUCUCGCAGAGUGUGAGACUGAUGAGCCAUCGGUAUCUCCGCCAAUAUGUCCAGGCGGUUCUGGAUAGCAUCGAAGCCAUUGAACAGCUCAAAGCGGAGACCAAAAUACUUGCUGCUCCGCUUUUCUGGCCAGCAUUCAUGGGUGCCACUGAGGCGUUUGAGCCUAGACACCAAGAUCGCUUUCGACUGUGGUACGAGCGAGUGGAAGUAUAUGGAAUUGAAGCCGUGAGGACAGGUAUACAAGUUGUACACGAAGUUUGGAGGCAGGGACCAACAACAAAUCGACAAAUGCAUUCUGGCUGGCGCAGCGUUGUGGAACGGACGGGGGACCAUCUCAUGUUAACCUAA